AUGGCCUAUACUCUCGAAAGCAAAUCUCUGGGUUCAACUCUAUGUGGCGUUGAUUUAGGGACGAUCGCACAGUUUAGAGGCAUCCCAUAUGGCAAGAUUGUUUCGCGAUUUGCCAAACCCGAGCCAUUAGUGGCACUGCCGCAAGACAUCAACUGUACUGAGUUUGGCCCUCGGUGUCCACAAGUCAAAGUUGAUGUAGGGCAUCUAUUGCGUAUACCUCCUGAGCACAGGCUACCCGUUGAGGCCGAAGAUGAGUUUCGAUGCCUCAACUUGGACGUUACGGUGCCCAAAUCACAAGAACUGCUGACGGCUCAAAGAUUACCUGUUUUGGUCUGGAUACACGGCGGCUCACAGGCGGUUACUUUUGGAAGCGCGGCCUCUGGCGUGUGCGACACGAGAAGAAUAGUGGAAGAUUCCGUGAACUUGAGUAAACCCGUCAUCGUCGUGACAGUUCAGUACAGACUCAACAUCUUCGCGUUCGGAAGCGAAAGUAGCUCGAGUAACCUCGCUCUGCAAGAUCAAUCAUUGGCUCUCAAAUGGGUCACUGAUCACAUUCCGGAUUUUGGAGGUGACCCGAAUGAUGUCUCACUGGCUGGAGAAAGUGCUGGAGCGGUAUACUGCCACGCCCACAUAGCGGCUGGCCUUGAAGUAAGAAGAGUCAUACUCUCUUCUGGCUCGCUGUACCUUUCUCCUCCUCAGCCAAGGACAAAGGCUUCUGUUUUACGCCAAACACUCGUGAAUCAUCUUGGUACACUGGGUGACUUUGACUUGAGCACAGCCCCUGUUGAAAAAUUGGUGAAGGCCAUAGAACUGGCUGGAAUACAUUCAUGGUUCCUUCAAGUGGAUCCUACUCUUGUUGGGUGGGAGACAGCAAUAGGGGCUGCGGAGAGCGUGAUGAUAGGUGAUGUUCGAGACGAGGCCGUUCUCUGGCGAGAGGGCAUAUGGAAAAUGGAAGCUUCAGAGAUUGCUCAGGCAUUCAGCUAUGCCGGCGAACACCAGGACACGCUCAAAAAACUCUACAACAUUCAUUCUGACAGAGCCUCCGCUUCCAAGAUAGGGGCGUUGGACUUCAUGAAUGACUACAAAUUUCUUCUCCCAGCGGAGAACAUUGCUCGCCUAUUUAGGGCAGCAAACAAACCCGCCUAUCGAUAUCUCGUUGAUGAGUGCAACCCCUGGCAACCCUCAAAUGGAGCUCAUCACGCGGUGGAUUUGCUUUUUCUCUUUGGGGGAUUUGAUCUUUCAUUUGCUCCUGGUGCACAACAGACUGGAGAGCAGAUGCGCAAGUCAGUGAUCGAAUUCCUUCACGCCCAGGAGCCGUGGCAGUUGGGUAGCUAUGCAGCGUUCGGACCCUACGGGAUGUUUCAAGAACUUGAUAGCGUCGGCGUCAAGCUCCGGAGACGAUCGGAACAGGCGGAAUUUCUGCAUUCGGUUCCUUCAGAGAUCUUGGAUAAGGUGUUCUUUGCCCUUGCGGCCGGCCGGAUCAGCUUACUAAACUGA